CAGCUUUCCUGCGUCCAUCCAUGGUCGCAGCUUUAUAUCGGGUUCAUAGUUUCGUGGACAUUAAAUACAACCCCAGAGAACUCUUCGAGGCCGUUGUUAUAUAAACUUCAGGUUAAAUUACAUUAAAUUUUAUAUACACGUAACACUUGGGGCAUCCUUGCUUAACGAGGCAUAUGCCCAGGCCGGAAGAGAGGUAAAGAGUGGAACAGCAAGAGGGAGGAGAAGGGCUGUUGUACCCCGGGGACCCGCGGUUGCACUGGGGGCACGGUCUCGAGAAUUCUAGAAAUUCCGGAUGGAUGUCGAGGAGUUUAAGAUGACAAAGAGGAAAAUGGAUAGACGUGAGGGUCAGUCUGUGAACAGCGGCGCAUUGAGUGAGGCGGGCUGCUCCCUGUUGCUGCAGGGGAGGUGUGUCGAAAGUGUUUGCUAUUCUUUCGUGUAGACAUUGCUCUUCUCUGAAUUUGCGUAGAUCACAGCCGCAGCAAGACACUGGUUUAAUAACUCUAAUAGCAACACUUUAAAGUCAAUAACUAUUGGCAACUGACACCCACACUACUACUACUUAGUUUGUCUUAUAAACUAGUAGAACCGGGUCUGUAUCUUGCAAAAUAUCUUUUGCCCCUCAUACGUUGGAAGGCACUGUCUGGAGUAGGGCAAGAGAAGAAGACAAAAGUUCCCAUUUGAUGGCACCAGUGGUCUUCAUAGCAGUAGGUCAAAGGGAGCGAGAUGGAGACUAGAGCUACCAUUCUUGAUGGGACCAGCACUCGUUAAAAGUGAAUCUAUCUCUCGAUCUUAUGGCAAUAUUAUGUGAUAUCUUUCCAGAUGGCAUACUUAACAGUAAACAUUUUAUAAUUGAAGAAAAGAUUUUUUGUAAUGUUUUGUGGGAAAUAUUGUAGGGUUUUUUUUUUUGUUUUUUUUUUUAUCGAAGAUUAAUAGGAAAGUGUGUUUGAACAUAAUAUACUGUUGAUUGGAAGCGAAACAUGUUUCUGUCAUUAGCAAGGCUGUCUGCACAAUUAAUGAAGCUACAUUUAGGAGUGUUACAUUAAUAGACUUUAUGAAAUUGUUUUUUUUAUGAAUCAUGAGCAAUGUUAUACACAAUGUCCUAACAUCAUUCGUCCUUUAAAAAACGCUGAACACGUCUACGUCCUUAGGCAGCUGCCUACCGUAGAACCGGACUUGGAUGUAGCAUUAACUUUCGUUUAAAGUUAAAAUGCCCCAAAUCUUUUAUUAAUGAAAACAUGGCAGGGUUUUAUAGUUUUAGAGGUAAGUACCAUUAAAACAUGUCAGGAAAUAACGGGUAUUUCUGUGUGAUUAGGAGGUGAGGGAAGGCGCACCAUCCUCAACUACUCCAGCCACAUUGUAAAGUCAUUGACUGCCUUAACUUUAUUCAUUAUUAUUACAGUGUGCAUAGGUUUACUCAUUAGUUUUUUUAAUCAGUGUUGGAGACCCUCUAGCUCGUGUAGCUCAGAAUUAAUCUUUAUUUAAAUUUAGAUACUAGAGAAAAGAAAUGGGUUCAGCUCAUGACAGAAGUCUAUCUUCUGCCCAGAAUGAGAGCGAAACGUGUGCUGAUAAGAAAAUGCACGGACCUUCUGGUAAGUCCCUAAGAAAAUGUGUCCUGUACGGUCAACCUCAUGUAGGCCAGAGCUCAGUAAUCUCCGUUUCAACCCACUCAGGAAGAACAUCACCAAGGUCCGACGUACAAGGACUUUGGAACUAGAGCCAGGGUAAAGUCUCUCCCGAAAUCCUGCAAGCAAUUGUUGAGCUGGCCUGCCGUUUCCGACAUGUUCGUCUUCAACAAUUGUUAAGUCAUGUGGCACAAACUGCUCAUAAGGAGGCAGAAGGCCGUCAUCUCUUGGCAGUUAUACUUAACAUGUCUCCAUAUGAUGAUGGGCUUAAUAUGCAGCGGGCUAUUCAAGUGGACUUUGUGUAUGACCAUUUGAUGUUCUGUGUCAAAAAAGGCUUUCCUUGGAAGCAGGUGUGUGCAAUUGUCAAUUUUGCCAGGCAGUUUCUGGAAGCUGUCACAGGGAGACAUAUUAGUGAGGCAGUUGUACUUUACCAACAAGACAUAACUAAACUGCAGCAGCUGGUGAAUGAAAGGAACAUCAAGAUGUACUCAGACUUUGUAUUUUCAACUUUCUUCACCCAUUUCCAGCUGUACAAAUUUGUGCUGACAAACCCUCGGCAAGUGAUUGCCCAUAAUAAAUCUCUACUUGUUUAUCCUCCUGUGCCUCCACAUCCUUUGGCUGAAGCUAAAGAACUAAGCAUUUGGACAUAUGAGUCUAAAAUUUCAGAGCUGGAGAAAAAGCAGGACAAAAUACAAUUGAACAGACGGGCAGAAAAAGAAGAAUUGAGGAGGGAAGCAGAAAGAAUCAAGGUUGAGAAUAAAACUAAACUUACUGCAAUGGAGAGUCCACUUAGUAAGGAGACCUUAAGACAGAUGCUGAAAAAUGUUAUGGCUGAGUACACAGCUGCGACGGCUGCAGUUAUCUCCAGCGAUAUUGCGAGGAUGAAGGAGGACUUGGAGAUCAAGUUGGAGAUGAGGAGUGUUCCGCGCCCUCGCUCGCUGGGACCUAUGCCAUGCUUUUCGCUCAAAAGUAAGAUCUCGAGUACUUUACUGGGCUUCGGACAUCGGAACGCCAGAGACCCCAGCAGCGGGAAACGUUAAAGUCGCAUUUAAGAAACUCCAAGAAGUGAACACCGCACCGGGCAGCUAACCAUCCUCUCGAGAACACGCAGCGAACUAAAAAAUAUGCAUUUUUUCUUUUUAGUCCAUCUUGUGUCUCAUACUUUGGCGUCUGUAUCUCUCCAGCAGCUUGUUAUAUAGCCUUAGCUGCUGAUUUGGUGCGUAAAGCUUCAGUUGACUCCCAUCCCCCCGCUCAUCUCUUAUGAGAUUAGAAUGGAUUAUGAUCGAGGCAUCAUAUUAUAGCGUUAACAAAUAUUCACGACAUGAAAUAAAGGGUUAAGAACCAUA